ACCUAUUCUGCUAUUCCAAUCCUGACAACCCCAAAAUACACACUACCAUUCCUGUACUGACACCCUAACAAAGCAAAUGCACACUGCUGUCCCAGAACUGAAAUCUAUGAAAUGCACUUGGAUUUUGUCUAGUGUAAGCAUGAGUCUCGGUCUGUACAAGGCAACCAGGAACUUGAUCCUCUUACUCCUUAUUCCAAAAUUCUCUUCGGAAGACCAGCAAUGCAGACUGCCCGGCACAGAGCUCAGUGGGAUGUCACAGCCUGGGGAUAUAAUGGUCGGGUUGAUAUUACCUGUGCAUAUGGAUAACUUGUAUCAGCAAGUCUUCUUCAAUGAGAGGCCACCUGUGACUACAUGUACCAACUUCUACUACGAAGGCUAUCAGCAGUUUCAAACAGUGAUGUUUGCUAUACAGGAAAUCAACAGCAAUCCCGAUAUUCUCUCUAAUAUCUCCCUUGGAUUUCAAGCACACGAUUCUUGUGGCCUUUUACAGCAGAGCGUGCAGGGAACCUUUCAGGUACUUACGGGACGCAGUACGGCCAUCCCUAAUUACCGGUGCACUGGGAAUGUCCCUUUAAGUGCUGUCAUUGGUCCAUCUGCUUCUACACAUUCUAUUAUAAUGGCACAUAUUCUGGGGCUCCACCAAUUCCCACAGAUCAGUCACUUUUCGACUAGUCCCAUUUUAAGCGACAGCUAUAGGUUUCCCUCUUUCUUCAGGACAAUUCCCAUUCAAGUCAUGAAGAACUCAACAGCUACAGUUGUGAUCAUCUUUUGCAAUGACUUAAAUUUGAUUCCUAUUCUGGAUGAGAUGUUGCUAAGGAAAAUUUCAAAGAAAACAUUUGUUGCCAGUGAAGCAUGGUCCACAUCUACUCUGUUUAACAUGAAUAAGUAUUCUGGGCUUCUUAUUGGUACUCUUGGGUUAGCUAUUCCACAUGGAACAAUACCGGAACUUCAACAAAGUACACCCAUCUAUGACUUUUGGAGGUAG